AUGAGGUGUUCAAUUGUUUCACUUGGCCUUGCCAUUGUAGCUCCACUUGUAGUGGCUGUUCCUACUCCGACUGAAGACUCUACCGUCGAGCGCGCAAACAUUGUAAAAAGAGCAACUAUUACUGACGUUGCUGACACCGGAUUUGCUACUCAGAAUGGAGGAACAACAGGGGGCAAAGGUGGAACGGUCACUACAGUGUCUACUCUCGCCCAGUUCACAGCUAUUGCCGACAACUCUAAAAACAACGAUGCAACUCCUCUCAUCAUUGUGGUUAAAGGUACAAUUACCGGUGAUGUCCAAGUAAGAAUUGGUUCCAACAAAUCAAUCAUUGGCCUCCCCGGUGCCAAACUUAGCGGAGUCGGCCUCUAUAUAUGGAAGCAAAAAAACGUUAUCAUCCGCAACAUCAUCAGCGAGAACGUGCUAGCUAGUUCUGGUGAUGGGCUUGGAAUUCAGGCAUCUAGCAAUGUCUGGGUUGACCAUUGCGAGUUCUAUUCUGACCUCUCCCACGGCAAGGAUUACUAUGACGGGUUGAUUGAUGUUACACACGCUUCAGAAUGGGUCACCAUUUCAAACGUCUACCUUCAUGACCACUGGAAAGCAUCCCUCAUCGGCCACAGCGACAAUAAUGCAGCAGAAGAUACCGGACAUCUCCACGUCACUCAACACAACAACCACUGGUUCAACAUCGGCAGCCGAACUCCUAGCUUGAGAUACGGCACUGGCCACGUCUACAACUCGUACUUCGACAGUAUGAAUACCGGAAUCGACACCCGAGAUGGAGCCCAAAUCUUGGUUCAGAGCAACGUCUUUGUUAACUGCACGGAGCCAAUUGCUGCAUUAUACAGUGAUAAAACAGGUUACGCGAACGCCUUCGAUAAUGAUCUCGGAAUCGGAUCUAAUACAGCACCUGUUGGCACUCUUACUCCAUCUAGCAUGCCGUAUACAUACAGCUUGCUCGGAUCUGCAAAUGUGCGCAGCGCCGUAGUUGGCGUUGCAGGUGCCACUCUUUCAAUCUAGGCUAUAGCAUAUAGUAGCAAAAGACAAUAUUGACGUUCAUAUUGGG